AUGAAGACGAAAAGUGAGGCCCCUGAGAAGAUUGCAAGCUACCUGAGACCGGUAGAAAAUCAACUAGGGAGAAGAGUGAAGAGUCUGAGAUCUGAUAAUGGCACCGAACUGAAGAACACAAAAACCAAAGAGAUGAUGGACAAGUUGGGAAUUUUGCACACAUUUAUGAAUGUACACACGCCAGAGCAAAACGGAAGGAUUGAGAGAGAAAUGAGAACGAUUAUCGAGGCAGCCAGAGCAGCAAUACAUGCAGACGAAUUGGACGAGAGACUGUGGGCAGAAGCAAUGAACCAUGCGAUCUUCACGAUCAAUCAUACAGGAACCAGCAAUGUACCAGGGAAAAGUCCGGGAGAGCUGUGGUUUGGAAGGAAAAUGAAGAUUGAGAAACUGCGACCAUUUGGAUGUGAAUGUUAUGUGCUGACACAUGCACAGAAUAGAGGCAAGAUUGAUAGCAAAUCAGAAAAGGGAAUUCUGGUUGGCUAUGACAUUGAUUCACCAUGCUACAGGAUGCAGGAGGAGUACGACUCGCUAAUGGAAAUGAAAACUUGGACGCUGGUGGACUGUCCAGAAGGAGUGAAGCCAAUCACUUGUCGUUGGGUACUUCGAGAAAAGGCAGACGGCAGACUCAAGGCCAGACUCGUGGCAAGGGGAUUUGAACAGAAGGGAGGAGUGGACUACGCCGAAACCUUUAGCCCAGUAGCUCGCCAUGCAUCGAUUCGACUACUUUUAAGUCACGCAGCGUCAGAGAAAAUGAAGUUGGUAUCGUUCGAUGUAAAAACAGCAUUCUUGUAUAGAAAUCUAGAGCAGGUCAUCUAUAUGAAGCAACCUGAAGGAUUCGACGACGGAUCAGGGAAAGUUUGCAAGUUGGACAAGACUCUUUACGGGCUCAAACAAGCUCCAAGUAUGUGGAACGAGAGGGUUACCACACACUUUGAAAAGAAGAUAGGCCUCAUCAACACAGAUGACGACCCGUGUAUAUACUAUAACAAGGACAAAAGCAUUAUGCUCUUUGUGGAUGAUGGAUUGAUAGCUGGGAAAAACGAAGAUGAAAUAUACAGAAUCUUGGGCGAGAUAAACAAGGAAUUUCAGAUCACAAUCAGCAAGAAGGCACAGGACAAGCUGACGUAUUUGGGCAUGGAAAUCAAGAUCGACCAGGAUGGUAUCUUCGCGAAUCAGCCUCGGUACACGGAGAAGAUCUUGAGAAAGAUGAAACUCGAGUAG